AUGGCUCCGGUUGGUGCAGGGCUUUGGCGCACUUUGCGCGCUCAUCAGGUCUACGGUGCGAAUACUGAUGUCGGCAAAACAAUCGUCUCAACUGUGUUAUGUAAUGCGGUGCAGAGGCAGAAACAACGCGCCGCUUUCUUGAAGCCUGUAUCAACGGGGGCAUUGGACGAAGCUGAUGAUCGACACUUGGAGCGAUAUGGAGCCGGUGCAUUGACCAAGUGUCUGUAUCAAUUCGAUGAGCCUGUCAGCCCGCAUAUCGCGGCCAAAUCGAAGACUAUUCCACGCGACGAUGAUCUGCUUGCAUCAAUUCACCAAACACUGUCUGGUUGGGCUCGGUCGGACAUUGAUUUUGCAUUGGUCGAGACUGCCGGCGGCGUACAUUCUCCCGGCCCCAAUGGCAACUCGCAAGCUGAUCUCUACCGACCUCUACGACUUCCCAUUGUGCUCGUAGCAGACUCCCGACUUGGCGGUAUUUCCUCGUCGAUCUCAGCUUAUGAGUCUUUGGUUAUGCGAGGGUACGAUGUACAAUCCGUUUUACUAUUCCGAGAUGACUACUAUCAGAAUCACGACUACCUUGGACAAUUCUUUAGUAAGAAGAGUAUACCAUUGGUCCACUUACCAUCUCCACCGAGCAGACCUGUGCAAAUAGACGCAGAUGCGCAGAAAAGAGACGAAGAAGCUAUGUACACUUAUUAUCGUCAAGCUUCUCAGGAAUCGGAGAUAUUGCGCCUUCUCGAAGAAAUGUCACUCACGAACAAAACACGAAUCGAGAGAUUAGAGGAAAUGACCGAAAAAGCGAAAGACUUGAUCUGGUAUCCCUUCACUCAACAUCAAGGCAUGCAAGCCAAAGACAUCACUGUCAUUGAUUCGGCACACGAUGAUUACUUCCAAACAUUCAACUCUGGUAGCACUGACAGUGAGCUUCGUCCAACAUUUGACGCCUCAGCAUCCUGGUGGACUCAGGGUCUAGGCCACGGAAACCCCGACCUUUCGCUUUCAGCCGCCUAUGCUGCCGGUCGGUACGGCCAUGUCAUGUUUGCGGGUGCAGUCCACGAACCAGCAUUAUCCCUUGCCAGUGACUUGUUGGAAACACUUGACAACCCACGCUUCCGCAAAGUCUUCUAUACUGAUAAUGGAAGUACCGGUAUGGAGGUCGCGAUCAAGAUGGGCCUCCGAGCUGCGUGCGAUCGGUACGGCUGGGAUGCCAGCCAAGAGAAGAUUAAUAUUCUUGGACUCAAAGGCAGCUACCAUGGUGAUACUAUCGGCGUGAUGGACUGUUCUGAGCCCUCGACAUAUAACAAGAAGGUUGAGUGGUACCGUGGUCGGGGUCACUGGUUUGAUUUCCCUCUCGUCAAGAUGGUCAACGGCAAGUGGAAGGUGGAGGUUCCAGCGGAACUAAAAGAAGAUCUUGGAUCCGAUGCGGAGUUCAGUUCUUUGGGAUCGGUUUUUGACCUGAACAACCGAUUGAGCUCCGAAGCCAGCGAUCGUUAUAAGGCAUAUAUUCACCGAACUAUUAAGGAUCUCGUUGAAACACAUGGAAUGAAAUUUGGCGCCCUGAUUUUGGAACCUGUCAUCCUGGGUGCGGGUGGUAUGCUCUUCUGUGAUCCUUUGUUCCAACGCUGCCUCACAGAUGUUGUCCGCGAACACCCAGAGCUCUUCUCUCCCGACGCCACAGUCGCGAAAGAAUCCCCAUCAUGGUCCGGUCUACCUGUCAUUUUCGACGAAGUUUUCACCGGCCUGUACCGACUUGGACGUCCCACUUCCGCAUCUUUCCUCGGCGUCCACCCUGACGUGGGCGUGAAUGCCAAACUUCUGACCGGUGGUCUUAUUCCACUUUGCACAACAGCCGCCAGCAACGAGAUCUUCGACGCAUUCUCCAGUCCUGAGAAGAGCGAUGCCCUCCUUCAUGGACAUAGCUAUACUGCCCAUGCUAUGGGAUGCACAGUUGCAGUGGACUCUCUCAAAACCAUGUCCAAGCUAGACAAGAAUGGGUCUUGGGAUGGAUACCGUGCAGAUUGGAAAGAAGCUGCGUCCUCAUCAACACAGGAGUCUGUGCCAGAGGUUUGGAGUGUCUGGUCUAACGGACUCCUCCAGGACUUGUCCUCUGCCGAUUCGGUUGAGAGCGUCUUCGCUAUUGGAACGGUGUUGAGUAUUUCUUUGCGUGAUGAACAAGGUGGUGGAUACACUUCCAAUGUUGCCAAGGGCUUGCAACAGAAGUUGGCUGUCGGCGGUGACCAGUUCAAUGUUCACUCCCGUGUCCUGGGUAAUAUCAUAUACUUGAUGUCUGCCGUGACUUCGAAGCCUGACUCUCUGCGGGAAAUGGAGAGGCUCCUUCGUUCUUCCUUGUUAUGA